CACCAAACUGGGGCACACUGGAAUGUCUGGCUGUCUUCAACAUCAUGCCUGGGCUGAAGGGAAUCAUGGGUCCCUGUUCAGACCCUCUGUCCACCUAAGUCUACCAUGCUGGCAUUUCUGUUGUAUCCACUCCAUAUACCCAUGGGACAGACACAUAGGUGGUCAACCAGAAGCUCAAAUGGGAAGCAAGCUACAAUUAUUGCAGUCGGGAGCAGCAGCUAGAUCAGUCCUCCUUCCCUCUCCAUCCCCCUUGCCCUGGCGCCUGUGAAACGGAGCAUCCCCAUGGCAACAGAGGCAGCUGGUCCCUUGAUAAGAGGAGCUGGAGCCGGGCUGCAGCCACUGCUGCAGAGAAGCCGGCCCAGCUUCAGGGAGGAGGCUUGCCCUCCCCAUCUCUCGCCUUAUCCCGGCACCUGCACUGAUUGUGCUGGGGAAGAAAUACCUCCUUCGAUGAUGUCCACUGAGCAAAUGCAGCCAUUGGAGCUCUCAGAAGACAGACUGGACAAGCUAGACCCUCAUUGUGACCCCUUAGGUGUGCUUUCAGAACAUUUAAUUAAAAGCUACGACAUUCAAGAGAUACACCCAAAGGGCAAAAUGAGUCCAGCUCUUCAUAACUCUGACCUGGACCAGAAAAAACCAAGGAGAAAAGACACACCUGCCCUGCACGUGUCCCCCUUUGCAGCAGGUGUGACACUGCUCAGGGAUGAAGGACCCAAGGUGAUCAUGGAAGAUGACGAAAAGGAUGGUGACAAGAUAGCUAUUUAAAGAGAGUUCCCCUGAGACCACCUGUAAAUAGGUUAGAUUGGUUCCCUGUGGUGACCUAGAAAAAAAAUAGACUUGCUUCUGCUC